AUGUGCCACUUUCAGGUCUCCUCACACUGCUGGUGGGUUCCAUUUUGUCAUAGGGUGCUGGCAGAUUACGGGCCUCCCAUUGCUGCUGCCAGGCCCCUAAUCUGCCAUGGGCCCCUGUACCGCCUCCUCAUGCUGCUGCCAGGUCCACAGUGUCUCAUGGGUCCCUGUACGGCCUCCCAUUGCUGCUGUCUCCAUCGCCACACUCUGCCAUGUGCCACUUUCAGGUCUCCUCACACUGCUGCUGGGUUCCAUUUUGUCAUAGGAUUGCUGGCAGAUUACGGGCGUCUCCCAUUGCUGCUGCCAGGCCCCUAAUCUGCCAUGGGCCCCUGUACCGCC